AUGACAGUCAUUACUAGACCUGCAGCUGCGUACGCCAAGCCCCGAGGAGAAAUACUGGUGACGGGCGGUGCAGGAUUCAUUGGCUCGAACCUAGUCGACGCUCUUCUAGCAGAAGGUUGUUGGAAAGUUGUAGUUGUCGACAACUUUGACGAUUUCUACUCCCCCGAGACAAAACGUGCCAACAUUGUCGCCCAUCUUACGAACCCAAACUUCAGACUUUACCAAGUAGACAUACGAGAUGCAAACGCCCUGCGUGCCGUUUUCACGGAGAACAGGUUGACCGCCGUGGUGCAUCUGGCAUCGCGUGCCGGUGUGCGGGAGUCCCUCCGCGACCCGGGUUCAUACGUGGACACCAACGUCACGGGUACAUUGAAUCUGCUGGAGUGUGCCAAAGACUUUGGUGUUUCUCAGUUUCUGUUUGGCUCUUCAUCGAGCGUCUACGGUACAGGCGCAAAAGUUCCGUUCUCCGAAGACUGCAAGACAUCGCGGCCCAUUUCGCCCUACGCUGCGUCAAAGACGGCCGCCGAACUGCUGUGUCACACGUACUCUCAUCUCUAUGGCAUUAGAUGUCUCUGCCUACGAUUCUUUACCGUCUAUGGGCCUCGCCAGCGCCCCGACCUGGCCAUUUAUAAAUUUGCCAAGCUGAUUUGUCAUGGCAAGCCGAUCCCCGUGUUUGGCGAUGGGACCACCCGUCGAGACUAUACGUAUGUCGACAACAUCAUCCAGGGGAUACGGGCUGCAAUCGACUACGAAGGAUCCAUGUAUGAAGUGAUCAAUCUGGGGGAGUCGCAGACAAUCGAACUGCGCGAAUUAAUUAGCCUUCUCGAGGAGAGUUUGGGGAGGAAGGCCGCCCUGGAUCAGCGAGAGCUCCAGCCAGGUGACAUGUCAAUCACGUUUGCAAACAUUUCGAAAGCAAGCUCAUUGCUUGGGUAUAAGCCCAAGACGAACAUUCAAAAUGGAAUCCCAAAGUUUGUUUUGUGGUUUCUAAGUUCAGAGUAUUGA